UGUGUGAGGCCACUAGGGCGCGUCUCCGGCACAGAAAAGAGUUGACGCCGCUCGCGCAAAGACAUCUGGGAUUGUGGAGGACUGGCUCGAGCGCUUUGAUUUCCGCAGUGCAGCGUGGGAUAGUGGAAGAAGUCAGCGAAACAGUCGUAGAGAAAUGGAUGUCUUUUUGAUGAUCAGACGUCACAAGACAACCAUCUUCACAGAUGCUAAGGAGUCUACCACAGUCUACGAGCUGAAGCGGAUUGUGGAGGGCAUCCUAAAGCGAGCGCCAGAGGAUCAGAGACUUUAUAAGGAUGACAUGCUGCUAGAAGAUAGUAAGACCCUUGGAGACUGUGGGUUCACAAACCAGACAGCCAGGCCUCAGGCUCCGGCCACAGUAGGACUGGCUUUUCGCAUCGGUGAUGAUGCUUUUGAGCCUCUAAGAAUAGAGGCCUUCUCCAGCCCUCCUGAGCUCCCCGAUGUCAUGAAGCCUCAAGACUCGGGCAGCACUGCCAACGAACAAGCCGUGCAGUGAAGGAGGAACUGACGAUAAAGGGUUGGGGGGGAGGGUGGGGGGUGAGACAGCGGGGGUAAAGAGUGUCCAAAACAGCGGACAAGCAAAACACGUGCGUUUUAAGAUGGUGGUGCGUAUUGAGUUACAAAAAGAGGGGGGAAGCAUGAGUGAGAGUGAUCUUGUGUGGUAUUGUAACUUUGCUGAGAAUUUGAAUCGCUCUCCCUGUUACUCCUCAUGUCCCAUCGAGCACUAGCAACUUACUCUCACUGUAUUGUCGCAAACCCUUCCAAUGUUCGGUGUCUGCUCAUCUACAGGUUAAUCCACCAAUCACAACGUCCCAUUUGGCGCAGGCACAUUUUGAUUUGGUAAUAUUUCCCUUGAUUUCUGGAUGAAUUGCUCAUUUGUCAGACAGCUGUUAGUCACCUCUCAGAGGUGGUUAGAUAUCGGAGUAUUUAAACCCGUGCUUCUUAUUUAAUUCACGCAAAUGUUAUGUUUGGAGAGUUAUAAACGUUUUGUGCUUUUUGUGUGUUUCAAUCUGAUAGGGGCGGGGUGGGUUUGUGUUUGUGGCUGUAAGGUUUAACAAAUGCCCACUUUACUGAUCGCAUUUACAGUAUGCUGUUGUGUGUUAAUGAGUAUUGAUAUAAUUAUUCUUAUUUAGAUCCUGCAUAAUUUUAUUGGGGUGCAAAAGGCCAUAGGCUGAACAGUUUUAUGUUACCAACUUAAUAUAGUGUAAAUGCACAUGGAACUUACUGAACAUCAGAGUGGGCAUGGAUGCCUGCAAAUGAAUACACAGCACAUGGUUAAGGUGAAUUCUGACAUACAGUGGUUUCAUUGUAAAUACAUUUUUCCACUCGCAUUGUUGCUUCCUGAAGUGUGUUUUGCUUUUCUUUACAUUUCUUUUGUUGGAGGAGUGUAGUGGUGUCCGCUUGUUUCUUUUUGAAUAUUUGUUUGGAAGCUGAAGUAUUGACAUUUAAGUCCCUGAUUUUGUAUUUAAAUCAAAGGGGAGUGUAAAUGCUAAUCCGUUUUUUGUUUUUCUUUGUGUGUGUGGGUGUGUGUGUGUGUGUGGCAUUUUAAAAUAGUGGAAAGAAUCAAGUAAAAAUGUAAAGAUCAAUAAGAAUGAAGCCUUUGGGCACAGUUGCUUGAACAAGUGAAUGUUUAACUUUAACACAAAUGCUGACAUUGUGUUCAUCCCAAAAAACGGAUCCUAAUGUUUUUGCGAACUCACCCUUAUUCUUCUCAGUGAUGGCAGUGUUCCUUCACAGUGCUCUUGCAAAAACAAACAAACAAAGAGUUAAAAACAGAAAAGAAAAUCAUGCUGCAGUAUCUGUAACUGCAUUUAAAUUAAUUAAAAUCAGCCCUUUUCCACUCCUUG